AUGGAUCUCACCUCUUUGUCUCCCCAGGACCCCCUUUCCCUCUCCUCGCCGCCGUUCGCCCCAACUCUCGCGACACCACCACCCACCGCCGGCGGCAUAUAUGGACGCGCCUCGCCGAUUGGGCGCCUCCUGCUGGGAGUGAAGGUUUUUUCCUCUCCGUCUCUCGGUCGCCCUCAUCUCCUCAUCCGCGCAUCAUCGACGCCAGACGCUCCCUUCCGCGUGCAUGACGAUGCACGUCGCGCGCCGCUCUCUUCGCGCCGUCGUCGUCGCCGCCCGCAAUCGCUCUCUUGA